AUGCAAUUUAACUUUUUAAUCUCAAAAUGUAUGUCAGUUAAUGAAAACGGAAUGAGUAUUUUGAAUGGAGCUUAAUAACGCAAUCCAUAACUUGAUGAAGUGAUUACUACUAUGGGUGAAGCAUCUGCAAAGGUAUUAAUUGUAAAUAUAUGUAAGGCAUAAAAUUUGAAAUAAGUUAUAACAAGUCCAUUAAGAUUUUAUUAAAGUGAUUAAAAGUUAUAUAUUAAAUCAGAAGGAAAAGUAUUAAUAUAAUUGAAUAUAUUUAGUAAUGUUUAGGUAUGCUUAAGGUGGGAAGAAAGAAUUUAUUUCACAGAGAUUUAAGUGGAUUAGUUAAAGAAAUACAGCCUUUGUGCGUGUUAGACUUUUAUGUACAUGAGUCUGUUUAGAGAAAAGGAAUUGGGAAAGAAUUAUUUGAAGAAAUGCUUAGAUGUGAAAUAAUUUGCCCAGAAAAACUAGCAUAUGACAGACCAUCUCCAAAAUUACUUGGAUUUCUAAAAAAACAUUAUCAUCUCUAAAAUUAUAUACCAUAGAAUAACAAUUUUGUUAUCUUUUCAUAAUAUUUUGAGAAUAGAUAAUAAUAGAUUCUAAAUAAUUAACUGGCAUCACCAUAGUCAACAUAAUAUUAAUAAUCAUCAACACCUUUAAAAGUUGAAUAGUUAGGAUCAUUGAUGUCGUAGAUGACUAUUUAAUCAACAUAAUCCAAAAAUCAAUAAUAAAAGGAAAGUAAAACUUAAGCUCCAUGGGCAACAGAUCAAAAGUAACAAUAAAAUGUAUUUAAUUUUUCUUAAUUAUUAGAUGUAUCAAACAACAACUGGACUCAUGUCAGCCUAAAUCUAGAAAAAAAGAUGAAAU